CUGCUGCGGGAGCGGGGGCAGCUCUCGCACCUCUGGAGGGCCCGGGACGCGCCGAGCAGCGAGGACUGCGCCGCCUUCUCGGAGACCAACGAGCCCCUCAUCAACUACCUGGACAUGGAGUAUUUUGGGCAGAUCUCCAUCGGGACACCCCCUCAGAAUUUCACCGUGGUGUUUGACACGGGCUCCUCCAACCUCUGGGUGCCUUCUGUCUACUGUGUCAGCAAAGCCUGCGCUGGGCACACCAAGUUCCAACCAACCCAGUCCAGCACCUACCAGGUGGUCGGGACCCCCUUCUCCAUCCAGUACGGCACCGGGAGCCUGACGGGGAUCAUCGGAUCCGACCAAGUGGCCGUCGAGGGUCUGGCCGUGAGCAACCAGCAGUUUGCAGAGAGCAUCAGUGAGCCGGGAAAAGCCUUCCUGGAUGCUGAGUUCGAUGGGAUCCUGGGGCUGGCUUAUCCCUCCCUGGCCGUGGAUGGGGUCACCCCCGUCUUCGACAACAUGAUGGCCCAAAAUCUGGUGGAGCUGCCCCUUUUCUCCGUCUACAUGAGCUCGAACCCUGACUCCCCCCAGGGAGGAGAGGUGCUUUUUGGGGGCUAUGACACCUCCCGCUUCACGGGCACCCUGAACUGGGUGCCAGUCACCCAGCAGGGCUACUGGCAGAUCCAGCUGGACAACAUCCAGCUGGGUGGGACAGAGACCUUCUGUGCCAAUGGCUGCCAGGCCAUCGUGGACACCGGGACGUCGCUCAUCGUGGGUCCCACCAAGGAGAUCAAAAAACUGCAAAACCUCAUUGGGGCUGUGUCUGUGGAUGGAGAGUACGCCAUAGAGUGCAGCAACCUCAGCGUGAUGCCCGACCUGACCUUCACCAUCAACGGGCUGCCCUACACGCUCAGCGCCCAGGCUUACACCCUCGUGGAGGAUGCUGAUGGCAUGACCUUCUGCACCAGUGGCUUCCAGGGCAGCGACAUCCCCCCUCCCACAGGACCCCUCUGGAUUUUGGGAGAUGUUUUCAUCCGUCAGUUCUACUCUGUCUUCGACCGGGGGAAUAACGUGGUGGGCUUGGCCCCUGCUGUCCCUUAGGGCUGUGAAUCCGUGGGGCAGGAGAGGAACGGACCCUGGCAGGGCAGUGGAUGUCACCCUGUCCUCCUCAGUGUCCCCAGGGGGAUGAAGACAUCCCCAGGGAUGCAGUGAAGAGUCCAGCAGAGGUUCAGUCCACACCAGGACACUGUGAUAUAAAAAUGUCUGGGGCAGCUCUGUGAUCUGCUCUGCACAUUUUCUCUUUUUAAAUCCUGAGCCAAUAAAAAUGUCAAUAAACCCAAA